UUCAAUCUUCAAGAGAUACAUCUAUUUGUUUGGGUCAAAUUCUCUUGCACAACUUCUCUGAGGCCAUUCAGUACCUAUAAACACUGGAGACAUGACCGAGUUCGUUGCAUGGGCUAAAAUGGCUUUCCAAUCCAAGCACGAAUACAGCCCUGUUGAAGUUGACGAAACUUUCAAGGCUACUCAAGGGACAGAGAAACGUUCUUCGCAACGUAAUUUUAUGUUCAUACUUGUGGUAGCUGCCACUGCUAUCCUGUCAUCCAUGGUUACUUCACUGGUCACGAUGCACUACUAUGGACCAACGAUUUCACAAUUCUCAUCCUCUCCAGAGAUCCAAACCUCUACACAAUCCCCCAUGGCAGUCACACCCAAAUACAGCUGUGGGAAUUCGUCCACUGAAGCGCUAGCUCUUGGCUGCGUUUUCGACCCUCUCAGCGUGAAUUGGAUUCAUACAGAGUGCUCCCACUAUGGCAUCGAAGAGUUCAAGGAAAUCACUGAUCCUCGGCCUAACAUGAAGUUCCCAUUUUGGAGAGAUAAGGCUGGAACAACAAGAAUUCCAGACGAACAUGCUCUAUCUCUCUCAGACGAGUUUCAUACCACGCAAGCCUGGCAUCUGAGUCACUGUGCCUACAUAAUUCUGCGGCUACAUGAUGGCUAUCUCCGCGGGGCUAGGAUCGACUCCAACACCAAUGAGUUCAUACACACUCAGCAUUGUCUAGAGAUGUUUGUCGAACUGAUAUUGAAGGAUGAGGAGAAGGAUGUGAUCAACACGACUGGGAACGUUGGAUUCAUGACGUGCUAAAUAUGGGAUCACACCAUGGAGAAAUAGUAUGUCGGGUGGAAGUCGCUUUGUGGAGAUUGUUUACUCAGGUCAUGAGCCUAGACUCCCGAGGUCAUGAGCAGAGCUUUUGGAGACAAGAUCGGAGGAUACGUCAUGUGAUUAUGACAGCUUGUGUGUGGCAGCUGAAAAAUGCCUGGAUUCUGG